AAGAAAAAGCCAGAUAGUAAAUGUUAUAAACCUUUCUAUAAUAUUCAAUCAUCUAUGCUCAAUAUUGAAAAAACCUACAUUGAUGGCUUUGCUUGCAGGGAGCUCUGCCAACCAAGCAAUUGAACUACUGAUACAGAAAGGUGUUCCAGUAUCCCACAUUAUAUUCCUGAACUUGAUAUCAGCUCCGGAGGGAAUCCAUUGUGUUUGCAAACGUUUCCCAUACUUGAAAAUUAUCACUUCAGAAAUUGAUGUUGCAUUGAACGAAGAGCUCCGAGUCAUCCCAGGUAUGGGUGAGUUCGGAGAUCGUUACUUUGGCACUGAUGACUGAUCCAUUGCUUGCAAGUAGAGAUUGUUAGCGGUAUUUGUUUCAUGACCACUCUGAAAACAAAUGUGGUAUUGAUUUUUACCCGUGUAGGCCACCUGCUACCCGCUAGGUGCCUGCUCGCAUCAAAUAUUACAACAUAAUUCGAGUCCAAUAGAUGAAUUUCAAGUCCUUGAAUACCUUCAUGUUUGAUCGAAUGCUUCUUUCUUUCAAGGGUGCAGAAUAUGAAUAAUAUUGUCGAUACAUCAAUCAAAUCUGCUGAUUAUUUAGACUUUUCUUGCCAAGAGUUGAAUUAACUUGGCCACUAAACUUUUUUUUUUUUU